AUGGCCUCCCCCCAUCCACCUGCACCUUUCCCAGUCCAGGCAAAGGCUACUCCCGGCCCAGCGCCGGAGGGAAUGGGGACGGGGCUCUUCGCGUCGUCGGACAUUGCAACUGGCCAAGACGUGUUGUAUAUCAAGGUUCCGUUUGUGGCUGUUUUGGAUACGGCUCGACUGGAGGAUACAUGUUCUGGGUGCUUUGGGAAGAAACAGUUUGAGAAUGAUCAGAUUGAGUUGAAGGGCUGUACAGGGUGUCAGGUUGUGAGAUAUUGUGAUAAGGCCUGUCAAGCCAAGGACUGGAAGUUUGCUCAUUCUCUCGAGUGCCCAAUCUUCAGAAAACUGAGGCCUAGGAUUCUUCCAAACAAUGCCCGAGCGGUUCUCAGGAUGGUUCUGCGGUAUGGGCGCCAGAAAUAUGACGAACAGGAUCUUGCCAUCUUUUUCCAGCUGGAGACUCAUAUACAGGAAAUUCGUGAACGAAACGAGGACCAGUGGAAUCGUAUUUCCCUUUCAGCCAAGGCAAUCAAAGAGUAUUCCGGGACGGCCAUGCAGGAGGAACUCAUAUCUGCUGUUGGUGCCAAGCUCGACUUAAACUCGUUCAACCUCACCAAUGCCCUAUAUGACCGCAUUGGACUGUAUUUGCAUCCAUAUGUGGCCCUGAUAAAUCACAGUUGUGAUUACAACUCCGUCUUCGGUUUCGACGGUGACGAGCUUUUCGUCAAGGCUAUCAGGCCGAUCAAGAAAGGCGACCAGAUUUUUAUAUCAUAUGUCGAUGUGACAAAUCCCUAUAAAAUUCGUCAAAAGGAACUCUCUGAUCGGUAUUUCUUCACCUGUCAAUGCUCGCAAUGCAAACGAGGCAUAGAUACUCCUCAGGAUGCUUUUUUAACAUCUGCAUCCAAAGACUCGUCUGCCCUAGAAGCCGCUGAAGAGAAGGCAUAUAGACUUAUGGAGUCUGUGGAUGUUGAUGUUGAGCCAUUACAAACUGUCGACCAACUCAUGUCUGCCAUGCAUGUACUGCGUCAGACUUCCAUAUGGCCCAUCAGCAGACAGCCGUAUGUCUCAUGUCGCGAUGAAUUAGUCACCUCUUUAAUGUUCACUGGACAAUUCAACAAGGCAUUUAUACAAGCCGCUAUUCGUUAUAUUCGUGUUGAUCCUGUCGUGUAUCGUUAUGACGUGCAUCCGAUCCGCCACGUACACGCAUGGGCUCUUGCAAAGCUUGCAAUACAUCUAUCGCAAGGGACAGAGCUGAACCCUGACGACUCCGACGCUGUUCAGAAGGCUGAACUGAACUUGAGCUUCAUAGUCUGGUCGAUCCUUCAUGAACUCGUGAAGAGGGAGCCUGAAAGCUGCACUGUACCCAGUUUCAAGCAACUGGUCAGGACGACAUUUCAAGAGGUACAUACCGUGCUCAUUUCCAAUGGCGUGGACCAGAAGACCCUGAAAACCGAAAUUAGCAAAGAAUGGGACAAGCUCGAAAGGGUUAUACGUGCACAGCUGGGGAAAGAGUGA